GGGAAAGGGACUGAAGGGGUGGGGAAGGACGUGGCAGGGUGGACAGAGUCAGGACAGCAGCUGAGAUGGACCAUCCCAGACAUGACAGCCAUAGCAGGGAACAUCUUCAUGUACCAGAUACCUGAGAACAUGUUUGGGACAACUGUCAGCAACUACAAGGUGACUGAGGUGGACUCGGCGAGGCUUCCUCAUUGGUUGACAUUCGACUCAUCAACAAGAACGAUAUAUGGCGUUCCCAUGGUAACAGACGAGGGGGUGUACUACAUCAACCUGACUGCUACGUCAGCAGACUCAAAACUAGUCUCGUCCGAUAUAUUCCCAGUGGAGGUCGUUAACGUUCCUACAGAAUCUACAGCAAGAUUUGAGAAAAAGUUUGAUCCAAUACAAGGGGAUUUUUUACAGUUCAAAUCUUCAUCUGGGGAGGUGAGAACUAUGACAAGCGAUACAAAAAUGGCUGAAGACUCGCAGCAAAGUAACGCUGUGUGCUACAACGGAGAGACAAGGGCUGUGGUCAGACUGUCGGUGAGCGUUGAAGACCUCUUACCCAGAGAUAGGGUGGACUUGGUCGUCACGAUGGCAGACUUUGUCAGGAGGGACCCGCAGAGCUUCAGGCUGACCAAGCACCGCGGUUCAAACAUUGUUAGACUGUUAGAGGAAUCCGUGGUGGAGUCUGGGCCAGGUGAUGUCGAUAUCGGCACGGUUUUGUCCCAGCCGUCGUCCACCGAACUGUCAUGGCGGCUGAGCUGCGGCCGCUUUCACGGUGUGGAGGAUUUCUCCAAGGUGAUGUACCAUAAUGCGCGGGAGGGCGUCCUGACCAAGGUUCUCGGCUACGGCGUCAUCGGCUGGCAGGUGACGUCAACCGCCGCCCGGGAACAGCGACGGAAAAGACAGGCAGCGGGAUUUGCCACGCCCAUGCCGACCCCAACCGUCACCCUCUCCCCACCGUCCUCCAUUCCUACUGCCUCACCCGUCACCCUCUCCAGCCCAAGUGCCUUCUUCACCACCCCCCUCCCACCUCUUCCCUCCCUGUCCCUAACACUAAGUCCCACAGCCACCCCAGGUUUGGUCACCCGGCCAACGUUGGAAGCAACGGAGAGCUUGUCCUCUCUACCUGUCACCCCCUCCACUGGAAUAUCGCCUUCCCCUGUGGCGACACUGAUGCCGGCCUCCUCUACUCCGGUCCUCACAAGUAUGUCAGCUCCUCUGGCUCCUUCCACAGCCUCCUCUCUAGGUGUUCUGCCAACACUCACCAGUUUGGAACCUUCCAGUCCAGUUCUCUCCUUCUCACCAACUGUAGCAACCUCUGGAAUAUCUUCACUCUCGUUACCAACAGUAGGAUUUGAAACGACAACUCUUACAGCCACAAUGCAACCGACAAGCAUCAGUGUAGGGGUGGAGCCAACAACUGCAGUCCAGCUGUCAACGUCUAUUCUACCAAGCACAGGCAUGAGUUCCUCCAUGGAGCUCUCAACCACACCCAGCAUCACAGCAGUUUUCACCACCACAUCCUCACAGCUCGGUCUUACACCGAGCCCAACACCAACAGGUAGCACAAGUGCACUUGCCACAACGGUAGCGGUACAAUCCAGCACACCAGUGCCAUCACCAACUUCAGUAUUUCCAGCACUUUCCUCGACCAGUGCAGUCGCUACUUCUCGUAAGUCUGACGUGGUCACUCCUAGUGUUGCACUAAGCUUGAGCGGUGGGUUUGAAAGCACCACAGUUACAGCAUUUGCAUCUGCCAGUAGACCUGCCACUUCUACUACAGCUAUGUUUGAGACAAUUAGUGAACUCGCCACCUUGAGUAGACUUAGCACAGCAAGUAGUGCCUCUGCAGUGACUGCAGAACUUGCCACGGACAGUGUGUUUCCAACAAGCGUACCUAGUGCAACCUCCACUGUCAGUGCAACCUCCAGCAGACUUGUUGCCACUAUUAGUGCACCAACUUUAGCUACUACAGAACUUGCCACAAGUAGUGCACCAACUUUAGCUACUACAGAACUUGCCACGAGUAGUGCACCAACUGUAGUAACUACAGAACUUGUCACAAGUAGUGCACUUCUUACGGGUGUUGCAACCUUCAGUAGAUUUAGCACCAGUAGUGCCACUGCAGUGACUUCAGAACUUGCCACACCAAGUGUGGUUUUGAGAACAUCUGCCAGCUCAGUGUUAAGUGGCAUUGCACCAUCAUCAACCAAAGUACCAGGGUCUCUAGCAUCCUCCUCGCUCACCUCAUUCCUGCCUUCUCCCACAAUACUCCCAUCACCUUCUCCUACCUCAUUCCUUGGUGACCCGCUCACUCCCAGCACUCCUUUGGUGUCUCCAUCUAGUGCCAGUUCCCUCAGUUCUAUUUUUUUCACAGUUCCCACUACCUUAAGCACCCUGCCCACCCCCGGCCCGCCAGUGGUCAGUUCCACCGCCGCACUAGUGUCUAACAGCACCCUGCCCACCCCCAGCCCUGCAGUGGUGAAUUCCACUGCGGUAGUGUCUAGCAGCGUCAGCACACCUACAGUUCCUCCCAACCAGCCCCCGUUGCUGGUGAACCACCUGGACCACCUGCAGGUGUCUGCGGGACAGGUGUACUACAGCCGCGUGCCUUACGACACCUUCUACGACAUGGAGGACGCCAUGAACACCCGCGGGCUGACUCUGGAGCUGGUGGCCUUGGAUGGAACCACGUGGCUGUUUCUGAACCACGAGUGGCAAGCCUUGUACGGGAUUCCUCCAUUGGACUCAGCCGACCAGAUUUUCCACUUCAUCUUAGUUGUGUACGACUCACAAGGCCUGGCCACGCGGGACGCCUUCCAACUGACCGUCACCCAGCCCCCCACCCCCUCCCACAUCUUCACUGCUGUCAUCGACAUUAACUACAACACUUUCCAGUCGGACAUCCUCAGCUGGAUUAGUCUGUCAGAGAAGAUUUCUACCCACUUCCGUGACAGGACUACCAACUUCAUCCUCAUUGACUCGGUGGAGGAAGGCUCGGUGGUGUUUUCGUGGAGCAACAUCUCCCUGUCUUCCGCCACGUGCCAGAACGCCACCAUACAGAGCCUCGCGGCAGAGCUGUUAAACCCAGACGGAACAGUGAACCCUACAUUUGUGACGUCGUUGUUGCCAGAUUAUCCCGUGACUGAAGCCCGGGUGCGGUAUCAGGGCGUGUGUGGCAUUGGGGUGGUCUCACCGCUUCCUACCGCUGCCGCUACUCUUGCCCCUGCCCCUCUCAGCCACUCCAACCACCUGCUGGGAACUGUCGUCCCUGCUGCCUGCAUCGCAGCUAUACUGCUACUUCUUGGAGUCGUAGCCUGUUGUCUGUACAGGAGGAAAGAAUCAGGCAAGAAGCUCCCGAAAUACGACAAGCUAACGCUGACCAAAAAUCGCAAGCCCAUCGUGUUGGAGGACGAGGUAGAAAUGAAGGACACCAAGCCAAGCAAGCCGAUUGUUUUACCCGACGAGAAGCCGCCGGCGACGCGGCUGCCGACGCGGAGACCUGCCCCGCCGCCGUACCGAAUCCCGGACACGCAGGAGUUACUGAGCGGGAUGGAGCCCCAGGCCUCGGCCCUUCCCCCACCCCCCAGGUACACGGCGUCCGUGCCCAGGAAGCCUCCCCCUCCCUACAGGCUCCCGCCACCCUACACACCAAGUGCCUCCCCCCUGCCUGAACCACUCAGCUUUGCUGACACCAAAGUGUGAUACAGGAAUCCCCAUGCAGAAGCAAUAUGGACCUGAUUUACACAAGGGCAAAACUCAACAGUAUGAAAAGUGCUAAUACUUUUGAACGUACGAAAACCAUUCGUGUGUUACACGCAAAAAAAAUUCAAUACACAGGAUUUUAAUACAUCAGGUUUUUCCCACGUGUGUAAAUCGGGUCAUAGUAUGAGGAUUGCAGUAUACAUAGUCAUGUCCACGUUUGCUGGUAAAAGGACUUUUUUAAAACAAACCUAAGUAAAUGGACUUUAUACAAGUACAUGUAUGAUAUCAUUUUAGUACUUGUACUCUCAGUGGACCAAAGUAGCAAUUGAUGAUGAAAGUAUGUUGACCUUUACCUUGUAUGUAUAUAAUGUUACUCAUCACAUACAUUUUGAACAUGUAUAGAAUAAG